AUGACGUCUUCUGAUGAGGAACUUGUGAUUAGACCAUUUGAGAUCGUCGAGACUGAGUUGUUAUGUCCUAAUUCAAAUACAGAACCGGAGAAAACAGAAUCUGUUAAAAAUAAUGCAGAACCGGAAAAAUUGGAAUCUGUUAAAGAUAAUGCAGUUAAUAGUCCGGUACAUGAUGAGAUUUUAGUGGUUGAGGAUCCCAAGACUGCGAAAAAGAAGAAGUUGGUGCCUGUGUUGGAGAAAUUGACCAAACUAGCGAUGAAACGUAAAGUUGAACCGGUAAAAACCACCAAAACACCGAAGAAAAAGGUUGAGAAGCCACCAAGUGAGCCAAAACCAGAGAUAAAUAUCAAACCCGAUGAAAAUGUGAAGGUUUUAAAAGGUUCUACCGGUGAAGAUGCGAAGAAUUUGAUUGCUGGGUUGAAAGAACGAGGAAUCAACCUAAAAGAACGUGAAACUAUCGAAAAACAAGAAGAAGAAGAAGCAACUAAAGUUGCAAGUAAAGUUGAGUAUGAAACAAGUGUUUUUAUCCCGAAGAAAGAAAAUAUUGGGAGAUGUGUGACUACGAUUAACACACCCGAAGAAGAUUUGAUUUUUUUUGAUAUACGCGUGUUUUCCGACCCGAUUUUCUUCGAUGGAUCAAAUGUACAAAGUAAUGCUGCUGGAAUUCGUGAUGCAAAGGAUGAUAACCUCCGGUUGACCAAGGCGUAUUGCAUGACGACCUACGAUGAUGCAACUGAUGCUGAAAUAGAAAAAGUGAUGCAUGUGUCGCCGUUCGAGUGUCUGUUUGAUUACCAUCAGACUCCGUCGAGGAAACCCAAGGUGAAUAAGAGUAAGGUAAAAGUGCUGAAUCAUGUUGUGAUUGAAGCAAAGCAGAAAUCAUCACUGGCAUCAUCAUCAUCGUCAUCUUCGGUGUUGGUGAAGAAAGAACAGGAGAGUUCAAACAUCGGCGGCCAUUUUGCUAACGGAGACAAGAAACGAAAAGCUGAUGAUAAAGAAGUCGUGGAUGUCUCGGAUGCGAGUAAGAAGAUGAAAAUUGAUCACGAAUUAUUGCAGAAUGUGGAUGUGAACGAUUUCCUGCAGCACAUGAUGUAUGAUGCGUGAGAUGAACGCGCGAGUAUGUACUAAGUGUUAAAUUGUACAAAGUAACGUGAAUAUUAUAUGAUUUAAAGCGUACGUGUUUAUGAAAAGAUAGAUAUUUAUUCUUCUUUUAAUAUAAGAAUUUUUUAUACUUGG